AUGUCUUCUUCGAGUUCAAGCGACGGGCUAGGCGAUGCUCUCUUCGCCGUCGUUGAGGAUACGAUCACCGCGCUGAAGGCACAGAUGGAAGCUUCAUCCUCAAGACGGCGGGGUCCUCGUCGCUACAUCCAUCGUGAUCGCGAAGACGCUCACACCAGGCUGCUCAACGACUACUUCACCGACAACUGUAUCUAUCCUCCCAACUACUUCCGGCGAAGCCAUGGCAUCCAAGUCCAUGGCUUCCCCUGCGCUCCUCUUCCUCGCCGUGACGCUCAUGCUUGCGCCUUCCGUGCGAGCCCAGGGACGGUCGCCACCACGGGCACCCACACCAGCUCCACCACGUGCCCCGCCUCCAUCAACACCAGCUCCAACACCUGCACCCAUGCGGGCACGGACCCCAGCUCCUACGCCCUCGCCGACCCGUGCUCCUACGCCUGCCCCGACCCGUGCUCCUACGCCUGCUCCUACGCCCUCGCCGACCCGUGCUCCUACGCCCUCACCGAUCCAUGCUCCGACCCGUGCUCCGACCCCUGCGCCGACCCGUGCUCCAACGGUCCAACCCCUGCUCCUACGCCUGCGCCGACCCCAGCCCUGACGCCCGCUCCAACACCUUCACCGACAUCUCCAUCGCCACCUCCUUCGACAACACCUCCACCGUCGCCGCCCCAAGCUGCUGUGUGUCCUGCCGGCUUCAUUAACUUUGCCAAGUAUCAGCUUGGCGUUCUAUCGUUCGCUGUCAACGGCACUUUUCUGGUCCUUGUCAGUGAGUCGCAGCUUGACAACUACCCACCCAUCCCCGCCAAAAUAUGCUUGUGCUAUUUCUCAACUUACGACACCGUCUUGGGCGUAAAAUCCCCCAACGUCAGGGGACCCCUCAAAUGCGUGCAAGCCCGAACUGCUUGAGCAAGCAUGCAACGCGCUCGUAGCUCGCACAACGCUAAUGCAUGCGCGCGCGUGUGCACAUGUUUCCAAGCCAUUUCCUCACACUUGCCUAAUGAUCGGGCCAUUUACUAUUACUAUCAUAUAUACUACAAUCUAAAUAAGUCAAGUGCAUGCAUCGAGUGUGCUAGCUUGCCGAGAAUGACUCGUGCGUGUGUGACCCUGCUGUAACAAGAGUUGUCUUGCUCGUGUGUUGAUUUAUAUGUUGUUGCAUGUGAGCUCAAAAUACUAUAUAUACAUAUAUAUACCUGUCAAAUGUUUCUUC